UCUGUUCUGAACACUUCGGAGUAGUUUACAGCUGACACUAUAUUCGGCUUUAAUAUUGUCCGAAAGUACUCAUAUGCGGUGAAAAUAAACAUGGGUACUUCUCAAAGUAGCCAAGAUACAAGAACACUUCAGGUCGAUAAAGAAGGUGUUAUUGAGAUUACUGGUGAUGUGUACAAAAGACUUGCAGGGUUACCAGAGGAACAAAGAAGGGGUGGUGGUCGUGGAGGUGGUGAAACAUUGACUGAUGAGCAAGUGGCUGCACUGAGGAGGCAGAUUGAAAAUGAAUACAGACAGAGAAUUGUGGAUAAGAGUAAUGAAAAUCACAGAAUAAAGACUGAAGAGUUUGCCAGGGCUAUCCAAGAAGUCGAAUCUAAAUUCUUAAAGCAGACUGGUACACCAGUGUGUGGGGAUCUACAGCAGGAAGUGUACAGCUGCUACCAAGAGCACUACAAGCAGCCUCUACGGUGCUCCUCCCAGGUGAAGGCCUUUGCACAGGCUGUCGAGAGGGAGCGCAGGAAUGCCUUUAUAUCAUCGAAGAACACGUAACAGAAACAAAAAUCAACACAUCUUCGGAAUUUAAAAAGAUGAUAGAAUUACACAGAAGAGUAAUAAUUAAUAAUUCGUUUGGACGAUGAUUUGCCUACAUACCGGUAUUACAUGGCAUUCAGUUAGUGGCAUGGUAUCCCAUUAAAUUGCUGUUUCUAUUUGGAGACUGGUUGUUGUUUUUCCUGUUGAUUUUUGAAAAUAGAGCAGCAGACUUACCUUUUGGAUAUUAUGUAUGAAUGCGUCUGUUUUUAGUUAGGUUAAUCUAGGAAAAUAUAGGGGAAUAUACCGGUAGUUCUUAUAAAAUAUUCCUGUGCAUGUUGUGUGGCAAUGUUUUGAGUUAACAAAUGAUGUCACUAUAUAUCGCCCCCUUGGUGCAAAAAGGUACCAUAUGGCAUUGAAAUUUGGAGGCACAUGGUACCUUUUUGCACCAAUGGGCGAUACUAUCUUUGUAAAUGUGUGUUUAACAAGUCAGUUUGUAAUAUUUGAUUCAAUUUUAAACAAAGGUAUUUAACAAAUGCGAACUUAUUAAAGCAUAACCAUGUAUAAAAAAAUAAACUUAUACCUGAA